AUGAGAUCUUAUUAUUGCCUUAUUUUCUUGUAUGUUCACCUACUUUCAUCACAAAACUACUUUGCUUUUGCUUCUGCCAGUUCAACUACUGAAGCGCAAGCCCUUCUGAAAUGGAAAGCCAGCAUACAAAAUAAAACCCAGCUCCUCAACUCAUGGAUGUACCUUCCCAGUACAAAUAAUGCCACCAAUACUUCCAGCAAUCCCAAAGCAAAGGCAAACCCAUGCAUUUGGACCGGUAUCUCAUGCAAUGCUGCUGGACGUGUCAACAUGAUAAACCUUACCAAUUCUGGUAUUCAAGGUACGCUACAUGAAUUCUCAUUCUUGUCAUUCCCUAAUCUUGUGUAUCUCGACCUCGGCACAAAUAAACUCUUCGAUGUCAUACCACCUGGAAUUAGUUCCCUCUCAAAACUCAUUUUUCUCGAUCUAUCUAGAAAUCAAUUUUGUGGAAAAAUUCCGCCAGAAAUUGGUCUUCUAAGAAGUCUCACAUUCCUCUAUCUCUAUAAAAAUAAUAUAUCCAGCAAUAUUCCUAUGGAGAUAGGAAACCUGAAAUCAUUGGUGCAUCUAUCAUUGAGCUACAAUCAUCUCUGUGGUUCAAUUCCGACAACAUUAGCUGAUUUGACCAACCUUACUAUUCUUUAUCUCAAUUCAAAUAAUCUUUCUGGCACUAUUCCUAUGGAAAUAGGAAACCUGAAAUCAUUGGUGCAUCUAGGCUUGAGCACCAAUCAAUUCAGUGGUUCAAUUCCGACAACAUUAGGUGAUUUGACCAACCUUACCACUCUCUUUCUCCGUGAAAAUAAUCUUUCUAGCACUAUUCCUAUAGAGAUAGGAAACCUGAAAUCAUUAGAGUAUCUAGUGUUGAACAACAAUCAUCUUAGUGGUUCAAUUCCAACAACAUUAGGUAAUCUGACCAUCCUUACCUUUUUUCUUCUCUAUUCAAAUAAUCUUUCUAGCACUAUUCCUAUGGAGAUAGGAAACUUGAAAUCAUUGGUGGAACUAAGUUUGAGGAUCAAUCAACUCAAUGGUUCAAUUCCAGCAACAUUAGGUGAUUUGACCAACCUUACACUUCUCGAUCUCUAUUCAAAUAAUCUUUCUGGCAGUAUUCCUAUGGAGAUAGGAAACCUAAAAUCAUUGAAGAGGCUACAUUUGGGCACCAAUCAACUCAGUGGCUCAAUUCCAUCUUCAUUAUGUGACAUGCAUAAUUUGGAGCAAUUAUUACUCCGUGACAACCAACUCUCUGGCUCUGUUCAAGAGAUAGGAAAUAUCCCUAAGCUGACAAUACUUGAAUUAGAUACAAACCAAUUUUCGGGUUAUUUACCACAGAACAUUUGCCGAGUUGGAUCGCUGACAUACUUUUCAGCAUCCUCCAAUCAUCUGAGUGGUCCAAUCCCCAAAACCUUGAAAACCUGCACUAGCUUAUUCAGAGUCCGUCUUGAUGGGAACCAAUUGACAGGUAAUAUAUCUGAAGAUUUUGGUGUUUAUCCAAGUCUCAAUUUUAUAGAUUUGAGCAACAAUCGACUUUAUGGUGAAAUCUCACCAAAUUGGGGAUUGUGCCAAAAUUUAACAACCCUACGAAUAGCGGGAAACAAACUUACUGGUUCUAUACCAGCUGAGCUUGCAAAUGCAACCCAAAUUCAUGAGCUGGAUCUUUCUUCAAAUGGUUUAGUCGGGAAAAUUCCAAAGGAGUUUGGGGGAUUAAAUUCAAUGUUGAAGUUGAUGUUGGAUGGCAAUCAACUUUCGGGUCGUGUCCCUUCAGAGUUGAAAUCAUUGACUAAUCUAGAACAUCUUGAUCUGUCAGCAAACAAAUUCAAUGAUUCAAUUCCAAGUUUUUUAGGUGACUUUCUCAAGUUAAAUUACUUGAAUUUGAGCAACAACAAGUUAAUUCAAGCAAUUCCAUUUCAGUUGGGGAAGUUAAUUCAUCUGUCCCAACUAGAUUUGAGUUUUAACGCAGUUGAAGGCCAGAUACCAUCAGAUAUUAGUAAUAUGCAGAGUCUGGAGAUACUUAAUAUAUCCCACAACAAUCUUUCUGGUUUCAUUCCAACAAGUUUUGAAAACAUGUGCGGGUUGUUGUUUGUAGACAUAUCCUACAAUGACUUGGAAGGUCCAGUUCCCAGCAACAAAGCAUUUCAAGCUGCUGCUCGAGAAGCAUUGCAAGGGAACAAGGGCUUUUGUGGCAACACACAAUUUUUGAAACCGUGCAAUAAACAAAGCCCAAAAAAGGACCAUAAACUCGUAUUUAUGAUAAUCUUCACUAUUCUAGGAGCAUUUGCGCUUCUAGCCUUUAUAUUUGCAUUGGUAGCAAAAAGGAAAAAGAAGCAUCAGCAUGGAGAAAAAACCAACAUGAAAGAAGAAAUUUCUUUUUCAAUAUUAAAGUUUGAUGGAAAGACGAUGUUUGAGGAAAUCGUAAGGGCAACAGAAGAUUUUGAUCCCAUGUAUUGCAUAGGGCAGGGAGAACAGGGAAGCGUCUACAAAGCAACUUUGUCAUCCACUUACAUAGUGGCCGUGAAGAAACUCCAUUUGUCAUGCGAUGAUGACAAGAAUCUUGAGAAGGCAUUCUUGAAUGAAAUUAGGGCACUAACUGAGAUGCGUCACCGAAAUAUUGUGAUGUUUUAUGGUUUCUGUUCACAUAGGUUGCACUCAUUUUUGGUGUAUGAUUAUCUGGAAAAGGGUAGUUUAGCCGAGUCUAUUAUUAUUUGAGGAUGAUGCAUGUCAAGUUGGUGGAACGCGCCUCACGCGCCUAGGUAAAAAGGAAAAACCCGAGGGAGUGUGUUCCUCUCCCGGCCGAACACGGCAGGCGAUCCCGCCGCUGCGUUCCGGUCCGGGAGAGGAUUGAUGGUUCAGAGGAGGAGUAGGCUUUCGGGGCAGCGGUGUGGUCCAGGGAGGGUGGUGGUUUCUCCGUGGUCGGGCAGCACAGAUCGCUCUCGAUCUGUCCUUCUCGGAUCCGGGGCAGAGGCAGCGUUGCAGCAGCGACGUUCUUCGGUGUUCCGGUGGAGGUUUCUGGCGGCAUCGAUCCUACAUGGUUUGGGGCUGUGGCGAUUCAGAUUGGAUCUGUCUCCGAUUUGGUCUGGGUUCGUCUGGUGGUUGGUUGUCUGGUGUAGGGGCUGGCUAUGGCGCGACAGGGCGGUGCUGCGACGGAUGGCUUCGGCGCGGUGGCUUGUUGCUGUGUGGCGGCGGUUUGAUGGCGAUUGGACUUGCCGGAGGCGGGUGUGGCUGGUUGCAGCGCGUGGCUUUUGCGGGGGAGAAUGGGUUUUGGACCG